AUGGGGAACAAGAGAGGCGGGUCCAAGAAGAACGCCGCAACCAGGUCGGAGACGACAGCUCAAACCAGCUCUCCUUCAAAGUACAAGACGAAACGGAAAAACUCAUGGGAUUGGAGGCUCAUCAUCAGGACAUGGCCUCGCAUCGUCAUUGUCUUGGUCCUCUUGCUCCUCGGCUACUUCGGGUACCAGAAGUGGUCGGAAAAGGAAUCCAAGGGAAAAGUAGGGGAAUCUCCUCCUGUUCAGGUAUCGUUCAACUUCACCGGACAUGCCCUCUUUGUCUUUGGCGAUUCAACUGUCGACGCCGGUAACUUCGGCUUCACAGCUCAUCCCUAUGGAAUCGAUUACAAGGGUAUGACACCACGUUUCACGAAUGGCCGCACAAUCGCUGACUACCUUGCUAUUAAGAUGGGUACUCAAAUCCCCAAAGCUUACAAUAGCUUGGGGCCAGAUGAGCUCAAGGACGAUACUGUGAAUAUAAACUUUGCUGCUGGGGGAUGUGGUCUUUUGACCAACACCAUGCCUAUUCCGUGUGCAACCAUGUUUGAUCAAGUCAUUCAAAUGGUAAUGGCCAGGCCCGGAAAUAGUGAGCGUCAAAGGGCUGUGUACUUUGUAUCCGCCGGGGCCAAUGACUUCGUCUUCAAUUUCAACGGGAACCCCGAGGGAUUUGCUAAGGAGCUAGUAAGCAAAAUGGAGACCUACAUGAAGCUCUUGGUGUCUUGUGGAGGGGCUAGAACUUUUAUGAUCAACAAUAUAGGGCCAAUCGGGUGUAUUCCCGAUAAAAGCAUUAAUUGGUCGAGGAUAUGCAAUGAGACCCUCAAUGAGGCUGUGAAAGCAUACAAUUUGAAAUUGGUGGAAGUUUUGAAGAAGUUCCAGAAUGAUUUCAAUGUGUCCAUCUUCUUGGCCGAUAGUGAUAGAAUGUUCACUGUCAUGGUUGACCAUCCUCUCCAGUUUGGCUUCAAAAAUAUAACCUACCCUUGCUGUGGUGACUGGAACAUCAACCAAAGAAAGUUUGAUUGCGGAAGCCAAACCCAGUUUUGCUCAAAUAGAGAUGAGUACCUGUUCUUUGAUGGGGCCCAUCUUACCCAGAAGGCAAAUGAAGCUUUUGUUGACAAUUGCAUUGCAGGUAGGGUGUGUUAUCCGAUUCACUCUCUUUGAUUACCUCAUGAUACUAUCUGUUAAAACUCU